AUGGAUAAUCAAGAGGACAAUCAGACAACCGAAUAUGAAGAGUAUGAAAAUCGCAUCAUUGGAGAGAAAAUUCACUGUGACAAAAAUACCGUUCAUUAUUUUCCAAUUAAUGAGGAUACAAUAGAUCGACUACAAAGAAUCCAUUAUCUAUGUGGAUUAUUAUGGCAAACCAAUUUUUCGACGCCUAUUCAUGAAAAGUUAUUAGAAGGUGCAAAAGUUUUGGACAUAGGAUGCGGACCAGGUAUCUGGAUUCGGGACAUGUGCACAUCAUAUCCUUUAUCAACAUUUUAUGGUAUUGAUAUGAAUUCGCAACUGUUUCCAAGUCAUGGGCACAUUCCCAAGAACUCCGAAUUUAUCAAAUACAAUAUUUUAAACGGAUUGCCUUUUCCAUCUGAAUCGUUUGAUUUUAUUAAUGUACGAUUUGCUAUUCCUUCAUUUACUCAAGAACAAUGGAUAAAAAUAAUCAUCCCAGAGAUAACUAGAGUAUGCAAGGAAAAUGGCUGGGUAGAACAUAUGGAAUGGGAUGCGAAACUCAUUAAUGAAAGCCCAAAUUUGAAAAAAUUGACAAAUGCAAUAGUAGAAUUCACGGCUUCUAAAAAUAUUGACGCUAUGUUUGCGGAUAAACUUGAACAGUGCUUGAUAAAUACUAAUAUGUUUCACAAAGUUCAUCAUGAGUUGAAGUAUUGUCCAGUCGGCAAUUGGUUCGGCAAUUGUGGGUCAUUGGCUGCCAAAGUAGUACUGGAAUCGGUACUAUCUGUCAAAGAUCAUUUGAGUAAAUUUAUGAAUAUUACGACUGAAGAAUUUAAUGAUCUUAUUAAUGGUCUGAUUAAAGAAUUUGGAAAUACGCCGCAAACUUAUCCGUAUACUAAAAUGCACAGAGAAAUCCUAUGUACUACUAAACAUUAG